UCGAAAAAAUCCUUUUUCAAAAAGCAUCGUAGAAUAUUACCGUUGCUUUUCGUUGUCCUCCCGUUCACGGCGUUGACGAUGGCGUGUCUGACUCUCGGCGCGAUGUAUGCCAAGUUCAGCAAGCCCGUGGUUUUGUGCGACAACGAGGAAUGCGUGCGAAUGGCUUCGAGCUUGAAAGAGUCCAUGAAUACGUCCGUAGAUCCGUGCGAUGAUUUUCAUAAAUACGUGUGCGGCAGAUGGCCGGAGUCGCAUCCUAUCCCCGACGGCGACCGAUCGCAAAAUUGGUUAUCAGAACGACAAACUCGUAUUUUGCGACGCAUACCCGACCUCAUGGCGCAGAACUUCACCGAGCGUAGACCGGAAGUACCCCGGGCCGUGAAGGAGGCCCAGAUUCUGUACUUCAGCUGCCUCGACGUACAGGCCCAGUACAAACUGGGCCUCGAGCCUCUCUUCGAUUUGUUGGCCGAGCUGGGACUGCCUCGGGUGCCGAGGCAAAUAAUCAGUGGCCAAGACGAUGGCAGCGAGGACUUCGUCAAGCAGAUGGCGCGGGUCAAGAGGCUGCUAUGGUCCGACAUGUUCUUCGGGCUGGAAGUCCACGCCGAUCCGCGCGACAACAGACAGAAAUUACUGUUGCUCGAUUUGCCGGAUCGCGCGCACACGCCCUUCCCGCGCGACAGGAGCGUCUUGGAGGAGGACGAUCUAACCAGAGACAGCAAGAGCAGCAACGAGACUGUCUCCGCGAUGGAGAAGCUCUACUUGGUCGAGUUGCUCAAGCACGUUGUCGGCAACGGGACGAGCGACUCGCUCUACAGCUGCAAGUCGCCCGAAAAAUUUGACAACGCAACAAUAGCCAAGAUGACCGAUCUCGUGGAUCAGGUCGUCAAUUUUGCAGGGGUCACGAAUAAAAUCAACAGUAGAUACGCUAACAAGUCGAGCGACUUCAGCGACAAACCAGAGGAGGUCGAUGACGCGAACUACAUGCUGCUGGACGAGCUGCAGAGGCUGACCGACGACUACGUGAGAUCCGUCAAUAAGUCGAUCGUGCCGAGGCCGCUGUGGCGGCCCUUCGUCGAGGAGCUGCUCCGAGGGCUGGAGAUCGACUUCGAUCUGACCCAGCACAAAGUCUACGUUGGCGAUCUCGAGUUUCUGCAGGAGAUCGCGCUCGUGCUGUCGUCAACGGACGAGCAGCUCUUGGAGACGAUGGUCUGGUUGAGGGUCGUCGUGCACUGCGUGCAACACACGUCCUGGGGGCUGCGCAGAAUCUCGAAUAUCCUCAAGGACGAGACGGGACUGGGCCAGCGCAAGGCCCGCUCGAUCCACUGCUCGGAAUCGGUCAAGGAGCUGAUGGGUAUGGCGGUGGCUUGGCUCUUCGCCGAGCCCACGUUCUCGCCCGACCACGUCGCCGAAAUGCUCGAAAACAUCAAGCGGUCCUUCGUGGAUUUCGUGCUGAAGGACAUCGACUGGAUGGACGAAGCCACGAAGUUGGCGACGCUCGAAAAAAUUCACAAGAUGAAGUCCCUCAUCGGUUUUCCCGAUUGGCUGUUCGAGGAUGGACGGCUGGACGAGUAUUACGGAGGGAUCAAUAUCACAAAGGACACCUAUUUCGACAACAUGCUGCAGAUAAUACGCGCCAAGAACAUCAAGACAUUGAUGAAUUUGUCGAAAAACGAUACACACGACAACUGGUUCAUGGACCCAAUCACGGUCAAUGCCCUUGCUCUUAUUACAACGAAUUUAAUAGAAAUUCCUGUUGGAAUCCUGCGGUUUCCCUUUUACGGCCUGGGUCUCGAAGCCCUGAAUUAUGGAGCUAUGGGCAGUGUACUUGGUCACGAGACGACUCACGGUUUCGACGUCGAGGGCCGGCAUUUCGACAGCGCCGGCAAUCUCAAGCAGUGGUGGAGCAACGAGACGAUCGCCAGAUACACGACCAAAGCGACCUGCUUCGUCGAACAAUAUGACGAUUACUACCUUCCUGAGAUCGACAAGUACGUCAACGGCAAGCUCACGCUUAGCGAGAACAUAGCCGACAACGGCGGUCUGAGGCAGGCCUACGAGGCCUAUCGGAUCUGGAAGUCCAAGCACGGCGACGAACCGCUGCUCACCGGGUUCGGCAAUUUCACUCACGAGCAGCUCUUCUUUCUGAGCUACGCACACAUGUGGUGUGACUCCUUAACCGAUGACGGGCUGCUGAUCUGGAUUUCGCAACACUCCCACUGUCCUGGCCGCGUGAGGCUGCAGCAGGUAUUGCGCAAUUCCGAGCACUUCAGUCGGGCCUUCAGCUGUCCCGUGGGCUCGCCGAUGAAUCCCAAAAAAAAGUGCCAGCUCUGGUGA